CGUGCGCUUCACACUAACACUGCAUUCACCAAUGGCGGCUACAGCUUCCAAAACCCCAUUCUCUUCUUCAUCUUCUUCUUCUUCUUCGUCCUACUCCAACAACACCUUCCCCAAACUCAUUCUCAGAUCCACCCUCGCUCUCUCUCCCAACCUCACCCGCGCGCACCCUCUCGCAAUCUCCUGCUCCCUCCCCAAGCCUGCGCCGGCCGCAGCGGCGGAGGCGGCGGCCCCCGCGGCGGAGCCCUUCCUCUCGCGGUUCCCGGCGGGGGAGCCGCGGAAGGGCGCGGACAUCCUGGUGGAGGCGCUGGAGCGGCAGGGCGUGACGACGGUGUUCGCGUACCCGGGCGGCGCGUCGAUGGAGAUCCACCAGGCGCUGACGCGCUCGGGCACCAUCCGCAACGUGCUCCCGCGGCACGAGCAGGGCGGGGUGUUCGCCGCGGAGGGCUACGCGCGGUCCUCCGGGGUUCCCGGAGUGUGCAUCGCGACCUCCGGCCCCGGCGCCACGAACCUGGUGAGCGGGCUGGCGGACGCGCUGAUGGACAGCGUCCCCGUGGUGGCCAUCACCGGGCAGGUCCCUCGGCGCAUGAUCGGCACCGACGCCUUUCAAGAAACCCCUAUCGUGGAAGUGACGAGAUCCAUCACGAAGCACAAUUAUCUGGUGCUCGACGUCGACGACAUUCCCAGGGUCGUCAACGAGGCCUUCUUCGUCGCCACUUCGGGCCGCCCCGGCCCAGUCCUUAUCGACAUUCCCAAAGACGUCCAGCAGCAGCUCGCCGUUCCUAAUUGGGCCCAGCCCGUCAACCUCCCUGGCUACAACCACCGCCUCCCCAAGCCUCCCACCCCUGCCCAGUUGGAACACGUUGUCCGUCUCAUCACUGAAGCCCAAAGGCCCGUUUUGUAUGUCGGCGGUGGCUCUCUAAACUCCAGCCCCGAGUUGCGGCGCUUUGUCGAUCUCACCGGGAUUCCCGUUGCCAGCACUUUAAUGGGCCUCGGCGCUUUCCCUCUCUCUCACCCUCUCUCUCUUCAAAUGUUGGGCAUGCAUGGUACUGUUUAUGCCAACUACGCCGUCGAUAAUAGUGAUUUGUUGCUUGCCUUUGGGGUCAGGUUUGAUGACCGUGUCACUGGCAAGCUCGAGGCUUUCGCUAGUAGGGCUAAGAUUGUUCACAUUGACAUUGAUUCUGCUGAGAUUGGGAAGAACAAGCCGGCGCACGUGUCCAUUUGUGCUGAUUUGAAGGUGGCUUUGGAGGGGAUUAACACGAUUUUGGAGGAUAAGGGUGUGAAGGGUAAGAUUGAUCUUGGAGCUUGGAGGGAAGAGCUUCAUGUGCAGAAGCAGAAAUUUCCAUUGGGUUACAAGAGUUUUGAGGAUGCUAUUAGUCCUCAGUAUGCUAUUGAGGUUCUUGAUGAGUUGACAAAUGGGGAUGCUAUUGUUAGCACUGGUGUAGGGCAGCAUCAAAUGUGGGCUGCACAGUUUUAUAAGUACAAGAGACCUAGGCAGUGGUUGACCUCCGGGGGUCUUGGAGCAAUGGGUUUUGGUUUGCCUGCUGCAAUGGGUGCUGCUGUGGCCAACCCUGCGGCUGUUGUGGUUGAUAUUGAUGGGGAUGGGAGUUUCAUUAUGAAUGUUCAGGAGUUGGCUACCAUAAGAGUGGAGAAUCUCCCUGUGAAGAUAUUGUUGUUGAAUAACCAGCACUUGGGUAUGGUGGUUCAGUGGGAGGAUCGCUUCUACAAGUCCAACAGGGCUCACACCUAUUUGGGUGACCCGGCUAAGGAGAGUGAGAUAUUCCCAAACAUGUUGAAGUUUGCGGAUGCUUGCGGGAUACCGGCGGCGCGUGUGACGAAGAAGGAAGAGCUUAGAGCGGCGAUUCAGAGAAUGUUGGACACCCCUGGCCCGUACCUUCUUGAUGUCAUCGUGCCCCAUCAGGAGCAUGUGUUGCCAAUGAUUCCCAGUAAUGGAUCCUUCAAGGAUGUCAUAACUGAGGGUGAUGGCAGAACUAGGUACUGAAUGCCUAGGCCAAAUGCUGCUUGAUGCUUGUUUUGUAAUAUAUAUAUAUAAUAUAAUGCUGUCGUAGUUGCAGGAUUUGGCCUGUGGGGAGCUUCAUAGUUUGUAGUGGUUUUGGUAGCAAGACUUUGUAUUCUCCUUUUAUUUAACUUCUUAUUAUAUGCAGUGGCGUCUAUCUCUAGUAUGAUUUCUCCUCUUAUUUGUAACUUCUGGUUUUGCUUUAGAAUAGUGAGACUGAAGAUGAUGUGCAAGUAAUAGAAUAUCUGUUAGGAAAUCUAAAUAGAAUCUGUUGAAGUCAAAGAGUGAAUGUAGCAUUUUGAAAAUGAGAUGAACAGAUAUCAUGUUACAUAUUCAAUCUAUUUCUUUGCCUUUUUGAGCAGUUCGUUGCUA